AUGCAUUUCCGGACACUCGGUGUGUCCGUUCAAUUAUCAUUAUAUUUAAAAAAUCUUUGCUAUCGUGUUGGUUUAUUAGAUGUUGAUUUAUGUGGUCCUUCGAUUCCUCAAAUGUUUUGUUUAGAAAAAUCGUCGAAAAAUAUUGUUUAUGAAUCAGAACAAGGUUGGACACCAAUCUAUGUAGUUGAAAGUAACGCAUUGUGUAUAAUGUCAAUUGGAUUUUUACUUGAAAAUGUGAAUGGUGCUAUUAUAUGGCGAGGUCCAAGAAAAAUGGCAAUGAUUCAACGUUUAAUAACUGAUGUUAAUUGGUCCAAUUUAGAUUAUUUAGUUACAGAAACACCAACCAGUACAUCGGAUGAACAUAUAACAGUAAUGAAUAUAUUGAAACAAUCAAAUAGUGAAAAGACUAACGAUUAUUUACAUUCAAUAUUUUAG